CUUGAACUUUGCUCAGAAUUUCUAGACGCAUAUUACCAAUGUAGUCAAAAUCAGAUACCUGUACAAUGCAAGCGCCUGAGUGACUGUCGGCUGUGUUUGAUGUAAAAUGUCGCUAGAAAAACAAAGGACGACCUGGGAUGAAAAAGAGCGACUGUGUGCCGUGCGGCUAGUGAUUGAACAUUACGACGUGUUAUACGGAGGAUUUGCCGACGGAAUCACAUUCAAAGAAAAGUCGGCCGCCUGGAAUAAGGUGGCCGAUGACUUGAAUGCAUCAAGCAAUGUAAAGCGGACACCUGCAGAGGUUAAGAAAUUGUUCCAGAAUGUGAAAAGUAGAGCCAAGAAAAAGUAUAACGAAAACAUGGCCACUGGUGGCGGUCCAGUUGGCAAGAUAACACUGGCCGAGGAAAUUGUCCUUGAAUUUCUGAAGGACAAGCCCCAACUCAUAGGGAUCCCAGGCGGGAUAGAAUCUGGAGUGAUAGAGCCUGUGGAAGAUGCUGCCAGUGUUGCAGAUUUGGUUGUGCAACAAGCCCCAAUGACAGAGAGUAAGCACAUCAGCACGCAUCAAGAAACAGUGUCAGUUCAUGCCAUUGAACAUCCAAGUGUGUCCCAUGAACACCCAGAUGAACCCAGAGUGAUGCAGACAAAUACAAAGAAACGUCGUAGGAAGUGCAUGGAUAGGAUUGAGCUCACCGAGGAGCUUCAUGACCUUGAAGUUUGCAGAGCAAGAAAGGAGAUUGAACUUUUAGAUUUAAAAAUAGCUCAACAACGUGAACUUUUCCAAUUGAAAAAAUCUGUUCUGGAGAAUGCCAUGCGAAAUGCUAACAUGGAGUUCAACAUUACUUUUCCAGGAUUAGGAAAUGAAAGUUACAAUUUUUCAUAA